AUGCCCCCGCUUGCGUCAUUCCGGCCGAGGAGAAGUAGAGCGCUGCGACUCUUGGCACUUGGCUGCCUGUGCUUCAUUGCCUUCGCGCAGUGGAAGCAGCUCUCGCGACCUGCAGCUUCGGUGCUGCCGCCGAGCCCGGAACUCACGAUCCACGGCCUCUCGGUCAAACGGCUACAGGAAGAUUUGGCCACGUGCGCCAAGCUGCGCGCGAAGCCCCAGGACCCAAUUGGCGCCGGGCGGGAGCGAAACGCGCGGUACUUGGACGGCCACCCCCCGGUGCUGAUCAAGAAUGCAAGUGUCUGGGUCGGCGAGCCGGACGCGGGGACGCCGGCAGAAGCAGCCCGAAACGGUACGGGCUACAGCUGGAUCAACGCGGACGUGUAUCUGGAAUACGGGCUCAUCAAGAGGGUUGAGCCGUCCAUCGCCUUGUCCUCCGUCGCGUCCGACGCGGUUGUGUUCCACGCCCACGGACGCCCAUUGACCGCCGGCAUCAUUGACAUGCACAGUCACGCCGGGGUUAAUUCGCUGCCCGAGCUUUGGGGCGACGAGGACACCAACGAAAUGGCGUCCGACAUCACCCCGUAUGUGCGGUCCAUCGACGGGAUCCAACCUGGCGACCAUCAGCUCCAGGUUAUCAAGUCGGGCGGCGUUACCACGACCCUGAUCCUGCCCGGUUCCGCCAAUAACAUGGGCGGCGAGGCAUACGUGAUCAAGCUCGCUGUCGGCAAAGCCGACGGCCGCAACGAGGCGAGUGCGGCCGACAUGCUCGCCGACCCGGACCGCACCUGGAGGUUUAUGAAAAUGGCCUGCGGCGAAAACGCGAAGCGCGUGUAUGGCAGGCCGGGCCAGCAGGGUCCGACCAGCCGGCUGGGCGAGAGCUGGGAAUUCCGGCACGCGUUCGAGCAGGCCACGAAACUGGUGCGAGAGCAGGACGACUGGUGCGAUGCUGCGGCCGCCUUGGGAGUCCACCACAUGAAGUCUUACCUUCCACAAGAGCUGCGCUGGGAAUCGUUGGGGGCUUUGUUGCGCGACCAGGUCCGGUUGAACACGCACUGCUACACCAUCCCCGACUUGGAAGCCUUCGUGGACCACACCAACGAGUUCAAGUUCAAGGUCCGGGCCUUCCAUCACGCCCAUCAGACCUUCCUAGUCCCUGAGAUUCUCAAACGUGCCUACGGGGGGGAGCCGCCGGCUUCUUGUCUGUUUGCUGACAAUGCAUACUACAAAGCCGAGUCGGCCACCGCCUCGGAAUAUGCCGGCAAGAUCCUGUACGACAACGGUUUGACACCCAUCUAUGUAAGCGACAACCCGGUGCUGAACGCCCAACAUGUGAUAUUUGAGGCUGCCAAGGCCUACCGUUACGGGCUGCCCUACCACGCUGCCUUGGCUGCCGUGACUACGGCCCCCGCCGAGCGCCUAGGCUUCGGCAACAGGCUCGGCAAGAUUAAGCCGGGUUUUGACGCCGAUGUCGUGGUCUGGGAUAGCGAUCCGCUCAGCCUGGGCGCCGCGCCUGUGCAGGUUUGGAUUGAUGGGACACCGCAGUUUGAGGAGCCAGUGGUACUGAAGAAGCCUCCUGCGGAGCUCAUUGUCCCAGACGAGACGCUUGCCAAGAUCCUCGAUGGCCCAACGCCCAUGGAAGAGGUGGUCUUCACGGGCAUCUCUAGGGUUCUGUUCAGAAAGGAGGUCAAGGAGCUCUCAUCCAACAGCACCGUCGUGCUCUCAAAGGGCAAGGUCACCUGCCUCGGGGCUUGCGAGCCGGAGCUGCAAGCGGCCACCAGAGCGGGCACGCCCGUUAUCCAUCUCAAGAAUGGCCAUCUCACCGAGUCGUUCACCGCAUUCGGCUCCAAGGUCGGCCUCAACGCCAUCGACGCCGAAGCCGACACCGACAACGGCCCCAACUUCGGCGCCUUCACCCGCGCCGAAGACGGCCUCGCGCUCGACACCAUCAAAACAACCAUCGCCCACAGCCACGGCGUCACCAAGGCCAUCUCGGCCCCCAGACUCACCGGCCACGGCACACACCACGGCACGAGCGUGGGCUUCGCCACCGGCGCCAAGACCCCCCUCGGCAAGCACGCCAUCUUCGCCAGCGACGCCGCCGUGCACUACACGCUGGACCUUUCCGUCAAAAACGCCCGCCAGCCGGACGUGACCUCCAUCUCCGGCGCCGUCGGCGCCCUCCGGCGCAAGCUGCUGCACGCCGCCGCCGCCGCGCGCAACGCGUCGUCGUCCACCCCAGACGCCUAUUCGGAGCAGUUCUACCUGCAGCGCGUCGUCAACGGCUCGCUGGCGCUCGUGGUGACCGUGCACAGCGUCGACGCCAUCGCCGCGCUGCUGCGCGUCAAGGCCGCCGUCGAGGAGGAGCGCGCGGGCGCCGGCGCGGCGCUGCGCCUCGUCGUCUUCGGCGGCGCCGAAUCGCACCUGCUGGCCGACGAGCUGGCGGCCGCGCGCGUCGGCGUCGUCCUCGCCCCGGCCUUCUCGUACGCCCACUACUGGGACCAGCGGCGCGCGCUGACCGGCGCGCCGCUCACGAAUGGCACUGCCGUGGAUCGGCUGCUGGAUGCGGGCGUGCUGACGGGCAUCGGGCUGGAUGGGGACUCCGACUGGGCGGUGCAGGACUUGGGCUUGUUGGCGGGGAUUGUGUGGCGGAAUGGCGAGGGGAGGGUGGACGAGCGCGGCGCGCUGGAGCUUGUGGGUGGGAAUCUGUACAAGUUGCUCGGCGUGAAGGAGCCGGGCGUGGAGGAGGGCCAUUUUGUGGUCUGGGAGGGCAGUCCGUUGGACAUUGGCGGCAGGGUGAAGGCCGUGGGCGGCGGUCAGGGGGUUGUUGAUGUGUGGAACUGA